CGAUGCCGUUUGUAACAAUGAUGGCAUAAAGAAAUGAUGUUAGCGGAACAAUUACUUUAUUAUUAUUGUUUUUAUUAGUCUGUGUAUUCGCUUCGGGCUAGUUCUAGCGCGAGUACAGUGAUCUCUAGUAAUGGCACACAGCAGCAUCAAGAUCAGCAUCAGUUUCUGUUCGUGUUUCUCGUGUUUGUGUUCACGUUCUGUUGGUACCUUGGUUUGUUCUUUAUUCUAUGCCUUGGUACUGCCAACUGUUCAUUGUUCUAUGGUACUACGUUGCGCUGAUGCGGACUGCCACUUCCUUACAGUUUACCUCGCCGUAGCUAGGCGGAGCACCUUAUUGAACGGAGUAGACCCAGGACCAUAACGUUGCGCUUGAUUCCAAGUAUUACUUUCGGUUGAGGCGCUGCCACUGACUGCGCCGCCAGGCAGGUCACGCUCAACAGUAUUCCUGGAGCUCGUACACCUGCAACCAUUGCGGCUCUCGAGGUCGCCGAGCUGGAGCAGGCAGAGGAUCCUUCUGCGGCCCCAGCGCGCGGCAUCAAGUUCAAAUUCUCCGAAGGGGAAAAAGUUUUGUGCUACGAGCCCGACUCCUCAAAAGCCAAAGUCCUCUACGACUCUAAGGUAUUGGAGCUUGUCGUUGGCAAGGAUAGUCGAGGCCGCAAGAUGCCCGAAUACCUAAUUCAUUUCAGCGGCUGGAGCAGCAGCUGGGAUCGUUGCGUUGCAGAAGAGUUUAUAUUGCCUAACACCCUAGAGAACAGGAAGUUGAAGAAAAGGCUAGCGGAGGAAGCAGCGCAGAAACUGCUCCAAACAAGUAAAUCAAAGAAACGUAAGGUUCCUGCCAUACUGAAAGAAACUCUCGACAGAAAACUGCGUGGAAGGAGCAGGAAGGAACGAAGCAGAAGUGUCUCGAGUAGUGGCGAUGAAGAGUCCUCGUCACAAUCUGACUCCUCAGAGCAGCAAGGUGGCGACUCCGACGAGGAAAAGGACAGUGAAGAGGAACCAGAGGAAAUUGCAACGGAUUACAAUAUUGAAAUUCCCAAAAUUCUCCGAAAGACAUUAGAGGAUGACUGCCACAACAUCACUGUUAAAAAAAAGCUUGUUCAUCUGCCAUGCACACCAGAUGUGGUCGACAUGCUGGAGGGCUAUCUGAAACACUAUGCUGCAAAGCUAACACUGACAGCUUCCAAGAAUGCCAAAGGCAACACUUCCCGUCAGCCGCCCCUUGAUGCAUCAGAAGUAGAGUCAAGGUUUUCAUUGUGUAAGGAAGCUAUGGAUGGACUGCGGAUUAUAUUUUCUUCCACCUUGUCCAACUCAUUACUGUACAACGAAGAAAAGGCUCAGCAUAAGUUGGUAACGUCAUUCUGCCGCCCUAUCCGGAUUUCUCGGUCGACAACAAGUCAUCGACCAAAUGACGCAGCAAGUUCUAGUGAAGCAAGCCUUCUAAACAUGGCACCAGACGUUGCGACCACAGUGAAGUGCCGUUCUCGUAAGAGCCUACAUGUCAACCCUGAUUCCAAGGGCACCUCUUCUUCUCCAAGACGGAAGCGAUCUGCAAGUCCGCCGGAAAAACGCAGCUUGCGUGCCGUGGAGCCACAUUCUGCAUGGAGCAGCUCUCCUGCCAAGUCUACUCAUGACGACAGUGACACAGACAAUCUGCCCUUGGCUGUGGCGAUAAUGGGCAGAGCACCGAGGCGACGGACUGCAAGCACGUGUUCCGUGUCGUCAUCUGUGUCGGCAGCCGCGUCUGAAGCUGCACCAACUACCGUUGCCAACAAAUUUGACUGCACAAUACUCCCGAGUGAAUGUUUGGAAGAAAACCCAGCAUCUCCAGCUCUGCUGUAUGGUGCACAACACCUCCUGCGGCUCUUCGUAAAGCUUCCCGAGUUGCUGCAGAAAAUGGCGAUCACAAAGACUAAAGCUGGCUAUCUUGAAAACUUUGUGAAUGGCUUCUUGCACUACCUUGCAGGUCGGCACGAAGAACUCUUUCCAUCAUCUGCUUAUCGAGAUGCUGAGCAAGUCAUGGCUGAACUUGAAAAAUACAAAACUCUUGAUGAUUAACGCACAUAAAGCGCGUUGUGUAUAUAAGUCAUUGGCACCCGGGUUGGGAAGUUUGCAUAACUGUGUCUUUUGUGUUGUUGCUGUGAAUAAAAUGUAGCUGUUGGCA